AUGUCACUAAGCUCCGCCAAUGCUCAGGUCAGGCCCAAGGCUGAAGAUGCUGGCGAAGAUUGCCAGAGAAUGACAAUGACGAGAACGACAAGAACAAAGGGACAAGGAAUUAAAAAAGGACCUGGUCCUGCAAAGCCAGCUGGGAAAGCAGCAGCAAAACCAGCUGAAAAGCCAGCCCCUAAAGAAGGAGCCCAUGAUGGAGAACUUCCACCAGACGACACAAAUCCUGAAGAACGCUCCCCUGAAUUAAUAGGAUUAUUCAUUGAAGCACCAGAAAAUGUAUCAGUGGAAGCUGGAAAGGAUAUCAUUCUGAAAGCAAGUGUUGAUGCGAGCCAGCUGACUGUGAAGCCAUCCAUUAAGUGGUUCAAAGGCAAAUGGCUGGAGCUGGGUAGCAAAAGUGGAACUCGAUUUCAGUUUAAGGAAAAUGUUGAGAAAGAAAAGAAGAUAUAUCAUUUUGAACUGAAGAUUCUGAAGGCAGUAGAGGCCGAUUCUGGUGGAUAUAGAUGUGAAGUGAUUUCCAAAGACAAAUGUGACAGUGCUUCUUUCAAUAUUGACGUGGAAGCAUCAAGAGAUGAAGACAAUAUUUUGCAAGCUUUCAAAAGAACGGGUGAACCAAAAAAAGAUGAUAAUGCAGGAGAACUCGACUUUAGUGGACUGCUCAAGAAAAGGGAGGAAAAGGAAAAGAAGGAUGAGCCAGAAGGAAUCCCACCUGAUGUCUGGGAAAUACUAAAAAAUGCCAAACCAAGCGAGUUUGAAAGAAUUGCCUUUCAGUAUGGUGUGACUGACCUUAGAGGCAUGCUGAAGCGUCUGAAAAAGGUGAAAGUAGAACCCAAAAAAAGUGCAGCAUUUACAAAGAAACUGGAACCAUGCUAUUCAAUAGAUAAGGGCCACAAGAUUAAAAUGAUUAUAGAGGUUGCAAACCCUGAUAUUCAGAUAAAAUGGUUUAAGAAUGGCCAGGAGAUCCGUCCCAGUGCCAAGUAUGUGUUUGAGAAUGUUGGCCUGAAAAGAAUAUUGAUCAUCAACAAAUGUACGCUCGCAGAUGAUGCCGAAUAUGACUGUGUUGUUGGUGAUGAGAAAUGUUCUACAGAGCUGUUUGUGAAAGAACCUCCUGUCACAAUUGUGAAACCGCUGGAUGAUCAUCAAUUGUUUGUGGGAGAGAGAGUGGAAAUGGAAGUUGAGGUAUCAGAAGAAGGAGCUGCAGUCAUGUGGUUGAAAGAUGGAGUUGAACUAACUCGGGAGGAAACAUUAAAAUAUCGUUUUAAGAAAGAUGGGAAAAAGCACAUGUUGAUCAUAAAUGAGGCCACAUUAGAAGAUUCUGGCCGCUACCAAGUAAUGACAAAUGGUGGAAAGUGUGAAGCUGACCUCAUAGUUGAAGAGAAACAGCUUGAAGUGAUCCAAGGCAUUGCUGACCUAACAGUGAAGGCCACAGACCAAGCUGUCUUUAAAUGUGAGGUGUCUGAUGAAAAAGUGACUGGGAAAUGGUAUAAAAAUGGAGUAGAGAUCCGACCAAGCAAGCGCAUCACAAUGACUCACAAGGGCAGGAUUCACAAGCUGGUGAUUGACGAUGUGAAGCCAGAAGAUGAAGCUGACUACACUUUUGUUCCCAAUGGGUUCGCUUUGACUCUUUCUGCUAAACUAAAUUUCCUUGAAAUCAAAGUGGAGUAUGUUCCACGUCAAGAACCACCUAAAAUCCACUUGGACUGCUCCGGUGGGGAACAUAUCAACACCAUUAUUGUUGUGGCUGGAAACAAACUGCGUUUUGAUGUUCCGAUCACUGGAGAACCUGCACCAACUGUAUCCUGGUUCAGAAAAGGACAGGAGUUUAAAGAUACAGAAGGACGCGUGCAUAUUGAGCUUAGGACAGAGCUAAGCAGCCUAGUAAUUGAAGGAGCUGAGAGGUCUGAUGAAGGCCAAUAUGACAUUGUGGUGACCAACCCUGUUGGUGAAGACAAGGCCACCCUGAUCGUCAAAGUAGUGGAUGUGCCUGAUCCUCCCGAGAAUGUUCGCAUCACCAGUGUUGGUGAGGACUGGGCUAGUGUUGUUUGGGAACCUCCAAAAUAUAAUGGUGGAAAGGAGGUAACAGGAUACCUCAUUGAAAGAAAGAAGAAAGGUAGUCAGAGAUGGAUGAAGAUGAACUUUGAAGUGUACCCAGAGACCUCAUAUCAGUCAGUAAAGAUGAUUGAAGGCAUCAUGUAUGAAAUUAGAGUGUUUGCUGUAAAUGACAUUGGUAUAUCCCAGCAAGCCAACACAUCCAAACCAUUUAUGCCAAUUGCUCCAACGAGUGAACCUCUACAUUUGACGGUUGAUGACGUCACAGACACAACCUGCACCCUUAAGUGGAGACCACCAGAUCGUAUUGGAGCUGGAGGAAUUGAUGGGUAUUUGAUUGAGUACCGCAAAGAAGGAGAUACAGAAUGGACCCCGGCUAACACUGAACUGGUAGAAAGAUGUGGAUACACAGUAAGGGAUCUUCCUACGGGAGAGAAAAUUGAAUUCCGAGUUAUUGCUGUAAAUAUUGCAGGACAAAGUGAACCAACAUCCCUUGCUCAACCUGUCACUAUCCGGGAGAUUGUGCAACAACCAAAGAUUCGUUUGCCUAGACACCUCAGGCAAACCUAUAUUAGAAGAGUUGGAGAGCAAGUCAAUCUGGUCAUCCCCUUUCAGGGAAAACCAAGACCAAAGGUGACAUGGAACAAAGAGGGAAAACCUCUGGAUACCAAGCAAGUUAAUGUCAGAACUACUGAUGUCGACACCAUUAUUUUUAUAAGAUCAGCCGAAAGGGGACACUCUGGAAAAUAUGGUCUAAGUGUACAGAUAGAAAACAUGGAGGAUAAAGCAGACAUCAACAUUCGAAUUGUGGAAAAACCCGGUCCUCCCCAAGCAGUAACCGUCAAAGAGGUUUGGGGAUUCAAUGCCUUAUUGGAGUGGUUACCUCCAAAAGACAAUGGGAAUUCAGAAAUCACAGGCUAUACAAUACAGAAAGCGGACAAGAAGACAAUGGAAUGGUUUACUGUAUUUGAACAUAACCGAAAAACCCAAUGUACCAUUUCAGACCUUGUCAUGGGUAAUGUAUACUAUUUCAGAGUGUUCAGUGAGAACAUAUGUGGCCUAAGCGAGAACCCGUGUGUUUCCAAGAACACUGCAGUCAUCCAGAAAACAGGUAUAGUCUACAAGCCAAACGACUACAAAGAACGAGAUGUCAGCAGUCCUCCUAAGUUCCUAACCCCACUCAUAGACCGCACUGUAGUUGCUGGUUACAGCACAGCCUUGAAUUGCGCAGUAAGGGGCCAUCCAAAGCCUAAGGUGAUAUGGAUGAAAAAUAAAAUGGAGAUCAGAGAUGACCCCAAAUUCAUCAUGAAGCACAAUCAGGGGGUCCUCACUCUUAAUAUUCGCAAGCCCAGCCUCUUUGAUGGUGGAACCUACUCAUGCAAAGCAGUAAAUGAGCUGGGAGAAGCUGUAGUGGACUGCAAACUGGAAGUCAGAGUUCCCCAAUAAAGAUGUCUCCAGUUA